AUGUUUGAAGUCCCUAUAACUUUGACCAAUAAGAAGUUUGCUCAAAGGAGAAAGUUGAAAUAUCAAUACAUAAACCAUCUCUCGAGAAGGUUUGAUAAAGUCGCCAAGACAACUAAUACUACAGAUAGCUUGCCCACGCCCGAAAAUUCCGCAGUGGAAAAUAAUGACGAUGAUUAUGAUUAUGACGAAGACGAAGAACAGAUUGACGAAGCUGAUGUUUAUAGGAGGUCAAUACUACAGCAAACAAAAAGAAGAAGAGAAAGACACUGGAAAAGUGUUGUUGGUGAGCUCUACUCUAGUACGGAAACUGAAUCUGACUCUCAACAGGAGGAAAUUCAGGAGAAUGAUGGGCGUGAAACAGGUCGAAAGAACGGCGAUACUGAUGAGGAAAGAAAAUUCUGGAAAAAACACGAAAAACCUGAGAGGAGUUUUGAGAUUUGGCAAACAGCGUCUUUACAAAAUAAAGGCCCCAUUAAUAGGCGGAAAAUGACAUAUCAUAAAUUUCAAAAAAUUCAAAAAAAUUCUCUUAGGAAAGUGCAAAUUCCUCUUUUACAUUGCACAAAGGAAAAUAGACUUUAUUUUCGAUCAUUGUCCAAGGGCUUGGAACCGCUGCAAACUCCGACAUCUACUAUCAGAAACUAUCAGACAAGACAUAUAAUAACAUUAACCAACCUUUUGCAUAUAAAUGUAUCAAGACAUAACUGGUCUCUUGCAUAUAGAAUCUUUGCCACAUUAAUAAGAAUUCCAGAGGUACAAAUGAAGUCUAUUUGGGGUUUCGGCGUGAAGAUAUUAGACAAUUUGCCGGAUUCAUCAUCUAGUCUUGACUUCUUACAGUGGAUGUGUCAAAUAUACUCAUCGAAGGCAAGAUUCGUCCAGAAUAUCAAUCACCGAUCUAUUGUUCCCCCGUUUCAAACUGGUUCUAGAACACAUACCGCAAAGUUUGCCACUACCUACCUAUGGGCGUCCCUAAUUAAUUGUCAGAAAUCCAUAGAACCAUCAACCAUCAAUGAUAAACAUUACGAUAUGGAAAAUGAUAGACUGCAAGAAUUGAUAGAUAAAAUAUCAGAAUGGGUGUUGACCCCUCCAUUUAUGGAAGAUGCCGAAGUUUGGUUCAUUUAUGCAUCUUGUCAUUUAUUAAAGGCCGAUAUUUUAUCGAGGCAAUUUGUCAAUGAUGGCACAAAGGGCGACUUAAUUGGACUGGACAGGGACAUAAAGAUCAACCAAGUAAUAAAGCAUAUACAUUAUGUGAAGGUUUUUCUACAAACUUGCUUAGAUAAAGGUGGGUUCACCAUCCCCAACAGGUUGAUUGAAAUUCAAUUGAAGAACUUUGAAUUAAGAUUAUACGGGGAAACACAAGAUGUUCAGGAAAGGGAAAUAGUUGACGGCUACGAUGAGACUGACAUCAGUUCAGUUGAGAAUUCGUUUGGAGACGUGUAUGAAACAAAUGCAGAAUUUCUAGAUACGCAACUUAUGGAUUUAUCACCGGAGGACAACGAAAUGGCCGAAAAUCAUCAUAGUGAUGAAGAGUCAAGUGAGUGA